UCAAAAUUGCAUAGGUUUUGUUUUAAAUGUAAUUUUAACAUGAAAUCUGUAGGAGCUACAGCAAGGCGCGUCUUAUCUCCUCAUCGCUCAACAGCGCCCCCCCAUUAUUUUACUAAUUUGAUUAUAAAAUAUUAAAUACUAAACCUAAUCAUUAUUACAUUUUAUGACGCUGAUUUAAUUAAACUAAUAUAACAACCCCGUUUCACCUAUAAUAUGUAACUAAAACAGAAUGUUCUAUAAACCACAGAUAAUAUAUAUAUAUAACUUCAACGGAAAGUUCUAUAAAGCACAGAUAAUAUAAACUGUGUAUAUUUAUAUUAUAUAUUCUAUCCUCAUACACUUGCUCUGUAAUCAGUCCCAUAAAUAACAGAAUGUGUGGUAGGAAUUAUCAAUGGUUUAUUAUUAAUGUGUUAAUUAUGUUGUCUGUGUUGUUUUUGUGUUUUAGGGUUGUUGAGAUUUUGCAGGUAACCAUGGAUAUAAUACUUGAAAAGAAGAUCAUUCUAUCCGAGAUCCUGUCUGCUGAAACGGCUUUUAUUCUCCAACAUGUUCAGCAGAACAAACUCAUCACAGAUCGUGACUACAGGGCUCUUAAAAGCCUUCCUCAAAACACUGAGAAGACAUCUGGUGAAGUGCUGGAUAAACUGAGAGACAAGGGGGAAGAUUCCUGUCAGAAGUUCAUAGUCUUGCUGAAGCACCAGUGUGUGUUGGAGCAAUAUCCAAGACUGAGAAAUGUUUUCCCAGAUCUCAGACAAGGAGAGGACCCAGAAGAGGCUGCAAGUGAAUUCUCUCCUGAGGCUAAGUAUGCGAAGAUUGUAGCUCAGGAUGGAAGCCAUGUCUCAGCUCCAGUCCUGACACGAAGUUUAGUUCAGGGAAACAUCAACAUCAACUCACACAAUCAUUAUCAUGGUCCUGGGGUUCCUGCUCCGGUAACACCACCACAGGACACUGAUCCUAUCUCCAAAAUAAAUGAAUACAAGACAUCCAUCUGCUCCUCAUAUAAAAAAGUGAAGGAGUAUAAUUCUGGACCUGGUGAGAAUGUGCUGCUGGCUGACCGCUACACUGAGCUGCUGAUCCUUGAGAAAAACAGAAAGCAGAGAGAAAGAGAGGAGGAGAUCCGUUGUAGAGGAGAAGAUCACCAGCAGGUCUUAAAAACCAGGGCCAGUGAAGCGUACGAGAGAAUCACUGUUGACCAGUUGUUCAAACCCGAUAAAGAUGGAGAUGUUCCAAAGGCAGUCAUUCUCCAGGGCCACUCUGGAUAUGGCAAAUCCUUCACUGCUCAGAAGAUCAUGUACGACUGGGCCUCAGGAAAAGUAUUCAAAGACCUGUUCAACCUUGUUCUUCACCUUAAAUGCAAAGAGCUUAAUGACAUCUCAGAGGCAUGCAGUCUGGUGGAUCUCCUGAGCUACUGUCCAAGCUUCACCAGUGAGACAGCAGAGGUGCUGAAGGACUCAAACAUGAAAGUGCUCUUCCUCAUUGAUGGCUUUGAUGAGCUCAAGUUCUCAUUUGAGAAAACUAGCACAGUGCCACUUAAAGACCCUUUCAGAGAAGCUCCUGUUGAGGCCACUCUGAGUGCUCUGCUGAAGGGGCUUCUCCUGCCUGAGUGCUUCCUGCUGGUCACCACCAGGUCCACUGCUUCAGACAAACUGAGCAAGCUGCUCAGUGGUUCUCAGCGUUUCACUGACAUCCUAGGCUUCACUGAGGAGGGGGUGAAUAAGUACUUCCAGAAGUUUUUCAAAGAAGAACUGCUAGCAAAGAAAGCAUUCGACUGUGUGAGGACCAACGAGACUUUGUACACUGCCUGCUUCAUCCCCGUAAUCUGCUGGAUCAUCUGCACAGUUUUCAGGGAGCAAGAAGAAGAAGGCAAGGACAUCACUAAGGAACUAGAAACAUCCACCUCUAUAUUUGUGCACUUUGUGUCCACUCUGCUGGAUCAUCACUGCCAGGGUUUGAGUCAGCCUGCUGAGGAAACUCUGCUGAGGAGCCUGGGCCAGCUGGCAGAGAGAGGGUUACAGGAACAUCAGGUCCUGUUUGAUGAGAAGAGUUUGUCUGAGGCUUUCCCUGAUCCAUCACAAGCAACCAAACACAAUCCUUUUCUCGGCAAAUUCUUGCAAAAGAAGAAAGUCAAACAGGAAACGAUGUACAGUUUCAUGCAUCUGAGCUUCCAGGAGUUCUUCGCUGCUCGCCAGUACCUGAUGGUGGAGAAUAAGAAAGAGAGACAUUUACCCACACCUGAAAAAGCAGUCCUGGCCAUCUAUUCAAGAUCAUCUGCAGGAUUGGCUUCUUAG